AUGGAAGAGUUCCUGAGCCGCCCUGGUCCACCAACUGUCCGAUUGGAUGGAUCCGAGCUUUCAUGGUCAGUCCGAGCCUACGAACCCGUAAUUGAGUAUCGAAUAUAUUAUCGGCAUGAGCAAGCAGACGACUGGAACAAGUACGAAAGUAUUCGAGCGAGCAAAUCCGACAACAACGGUGAUGACGUGUGGCAUCAUAGCGUGUCACUCCUUCCCUUCCUCGAAUCGGGUAUACCAUACGAAGUUACAGUGAAGGCUCGGAACGCCCUGGGCUGGGGCUCGUUUGCUCGAGAAAACAUGAUCGUCCGACUACCGACCGAGGACCGUGGUAUGCAACUGAUUAGUAAACGUCAAUUCAUCUUACUUGCUUAA